CAAUAUUAAAAUAUCAGCUGGUAGAGUAGUCUAAAACCCUUCAAAUUAAAUAAAACAAUCAUCCCGAAUUGGUCACGACAAAUGUCCUCUUCAUGAUAUAAAUAAGUGCAACACGCUUAAACGGAACUCCAUGCACAGUCUUGCCUUCAGCUAUCUAAAUUCUGAGAACCAAGUUCUUUCUCUAAGAAGAAAAGAUAUGGACGACUGUGUUCGACUCCUGCUAGUAACAUUUCCAGCCCAAGGGCAUAUAAAUCCCAGCCUCCAAUUCGCCAAGCGCCUUGUCAAAAUCGGCGUCAACGUCACUUUUGUCACCGCCUUUUCUGCACUCAAUCGCAUGAGCAAAUCAACCUCUACUCCACAAGGCUUGACAUUUUCCGGCUUCUCGGAUGGCUACGAUGACGGGCCUCAAAUCAACGAUCGCUACGGGGAAGAGCUAAAGGCCCGCGGGUCGGAGGCCAUAGAAAAAAUCCUUAAAUCAGAGGCUGAGCGAGGCCAGCCAUUUAUCCAUGUGGUCUACACCACAUUUCUCCCUUGGGUAGGCCAAGUUGCUCAUGCCCAUCACGUGCCGUCCACUUUCCUUUGGAAUCAACCAGCCACCAUCUUGGGUAUUUACUAUUAUUACAUCAAUGGUUAUGGAGAUUCUAUUAGAAAAUACAUGAAUGACCCCUCAUGGCCUAUUGAAUUACCGGGGCUGCCAGUGCUCACUCGCGGCGACCUUCCCUCUUUUUUACUUGCUUCAAAUACUUUUAAUAUAGCACUUCUGUUACUUAAAGAGCAUUUUGAUGUACUUGAUUACGAGAGAAAUCCUAAAGUGCUCGUAAACACUUUUGAUGCGUUGGAGUAUGGUGCUCUAAGAUCAAUCGAGAAGCUAAACUUCGUUGCUAUUGGACCGUUAAUCCCUUCAGCUUUCUUGGAUGGAAAGGAUCCAUCUGACACUUCUUUCGGGGGAGAGAUCUUUCAAGAUUCAAAAGCCUAUAUUGAAUGGUUGAAUACGAAGGCAAGCGAAUCUGUAGUUUACAUAGCGUUCGGAUCCCUUUCUGCUAUAGCGAAGCAACAAAUGGAGGAGAUUGCACACGGGUUGCUUGAAUGCGGAAGGCCCUUUUUGUGGGUGGUAAGAGGAUCAGAAGAAAAGCUGAGUUGCAAUGAGCAAUUGGAACAACAAGGGAUGAUAGUGCCAUGGUGUUCUCAAGUAGAGGUUUUGUCACACUCAUCAGUUGGGUGUUUUAUAACUCAUUGCGGGUGGAACUCUUCUUUGGAGAGCUUGGUUUCUGGGGUUCCGGUGGUGGGUUUUGCACAAUGGUCAGACCAAGAGACAAAUGGAAAGCUUGUUGAGGAUGUUUGGAAGACAGGGGUAAGAGUGACAAGAAAUGAGGAAGGAAUUGUGGAGAGUGGUGAGAUUAAGAAGUGCAUAGAAGUGGUGAUGGGAGGAGAUGAAAUGAGAAAAAAUGCCAAGAAGUGGAAGGAUUUGGGAAGAGAAGCUUGCAAGGAAGGUGGAUCAUCGGACAGAAAUCUUAAAACCUUUGUUGAAGAGGUCAUGGCUAGUUUGGUAAAAUAAACAAAGUUCUAUGAAACUGUUCUAUUUGAGCAAUCAGGGGUUCAGAAAAUGUGUGGUUCUUCUUUUUCUGUAAGUUGUACGUUUUAUGACUAAUGUCAAUAGUAAAGUGGCUUCUUGUUCUAA